AGGAGCUUAAAAAUUUAUCCGAUAUCAAUCAACCUCUCUCCCUUCUACUCAUAGGUAUUGAAACGAUAGUUCUCUCUUUGUCUUUGAUUUCUCUGUCAGAAGCGCAAACCUUUUUCUUAAGAAUUUCGUAAACUUCAGAUGCUGUACUACAACAAUUGAGCAGGUGAAAAUGGAAGAAUACUUGCAAUGCAUGAAGACUCUGCGUUCUCAGAUGAACGAUGUGGAGGAUCAAGCGGCAAAAGUUUCAGCAGAAGAGCAGAUGCUCUUUGCUACAGUUCAAACGCUCGAAGGAGACCUCAGUUCAGUGAAGAGGCAUACUCUUCAAACUAAGGAGGAAACUGACAAAAUGGAAAAGGCAAAGGGAGAAAUCUGCUCUUUGAUCUUGGCAAAACAGAGAAAGUUUCCUUCUUUGGAAGCUAACCUAGCCACCAUCUAUCAGUCAUUAGAGCUUAUUCAACAGGAAAGAGGGAACUUGCCAGUGAAACUUUCAGAGAAGAAAUCAUAUUAUUCCAUGGUUACUGAUGAUAUCAUCAAUCAAUUGAAAGAGCAACAGCGCUGGAUGGAUGAUCACAAGCAUUCCUCAUUAAUUGGAGAAACUUCUCAGCUAACUGAAACAGCUUUCAAGAAACCUGGUGAACUUGAAGUCUGUCAGGAUGAUGCAGUCAAAAGCCUUUCAAACAAUUAUGAAGCUGCUAGUAAUGAACUAAACCUCGUGAAACAACGGAAUUUAGAACUUGAUUUGGAAAACAGCAAGUUGACACAAUCUGUAGAGAUCAUGAAGAAGAAGAUAAAUGAUUUUAAGCCAGAACUGAGGGAAAUGGAUAUAAAGUUUUUGGAAAAGGAGCUUCUAGCACUUUUAGCAGAUAAGGCUGAACUAGCCGAGUUUAUGCAGUCUUUACAACUUCAGAUAGUGAAAUUGAAGGGAAUUUCACAUACUAUCAACUGUUCAUGUGGAGAGAAGUACGAGAUAGAGUUGAACUCUUGUGCUGGAUGAGAAAAGUACUGAAGAAAACAUUACUGUAAAUCAUAUGCACUUUCCUGCUGGGUUAUGUCAGACUGACCAUGCUUUCUCUCAAUACAAGUAACUCAUCGUGACGAUUUGAAAUAAAAGGAUAUGUUUGCCUCUGUUGUGUAUACGUUUGUGAGUAUCAUGUGUGCUUGUGUGAGUUGUGUUGUGUCUGAAUAUUUGUUUCUGAAAAGAAAGAGCCCAAACCCAAAGCCAUAUUUUGUUUCUUACUUUGAUGUAUCCCAAGUAUUGCUUCAAUAUAUGCACUGGAAAUGCAAAAAAA